CGAAGACAAAUCUGUGAAGCCAUUUCGGCCAUUGUGGAAAGUGGAAAGGACCUCGCCAAGAAAGGACUAAAUAAAGCAUUGAAAGACAAGGAAAAGGGACAAGACAACAACUGUUAAAUCUGCCAGUAACUCGCGAUUGUAGAGAUGGUCCAAUCGUGCUCAGCUUACGGAUGCAAAAACAGAUAUCAUAAAGACAAAAACAUUUCAUUUCACAAGUUCCCACUAGCACGGCCAGACGUGUGUGUAAAAUGGGUCGCGGCAAUGAGGAGAAACAACUUCAAACCUACCAGAUACAGUAAUAUCUGCUCUCAGCAUUUCACCAAAGACUGCUUCAAACCAGAGUGCAACAACAGAGUCCUGAAGGAGAAUGCUGUUCCUUCACUAUUCUGUUUCAGUAAACUACAAAUCAAGGCGGAGUCCUUGGCAGACCCGUUCCUUCCAGAGAUGGACUUCCCUCUGACCCUCCCCUCCCUCCCCCUCUCCGACACAGAGGAGCCCCAGCAGGAGAUACAGACAGAGACUCAUCACACUGUAGACCCCCUACCCCUGGUAGAGAACCUUCCCCACAGCAUGUCCAUCUCCUGCGACCACAACUACACCGUAGAGGACACGGUUCAGCAGAAGAAGAGGAUCGAGCAGCUGGAGGAACAGCUGGACAAGCUCAGGAAGAAGUUAAAGACCGUGCAGCAGAAGUGUCGGAGGCAGGAGAGACAGUUGAAGAGGUUUAAGGCUAUCGGAGAGUUCCAGAGGGUGAACAGGGACCCGGCGCUAGGCGAGGGAUAUGUCAUUCUACCCAAACAGCUUUACGAUGCGCUCAAAGGGAUUGAGCCCGUAGAGGACCCGUGAGAUUCAAAUACACCUAGCCUGGGUGUCAGUCUGUGUGUUAUGGAGUUGGCAAGACCACAAAACCGGUCUGGGACCAGGCUAUAAUAGGCCAGGCUACGGACUCUGGGUUUUCUCUGCGUCUGCCUUCAGUGUAUUGGGGUUGUCCCAGGUUUAUCAGUCCCUGCUUUAAAAGGGUCCGUGUGAGGACUCCCACAUCACCUCUCCCAAUAGAGGUGUAGCGGAUGGCUAAGCUAUCUCUACUACCUUACUGACACCUACGACUACUGUCAUCCUGUAUCCAGAGAUGUCUUGUCUAGGGUCCGUGGUAUUGAUGGGGGUUUCUUGUGUCAUUGUGGAGGGUUGUUUGCAACCCGGUCGGUUGGGUUUUCCACUUUCGUCCACAGACAACCAACUACACAUUUAUUUUGUAGCUUUUUAUAUUUCAUUUUACUUCAAGGUUAAAAGGUUAAAGGGCAAAUCCCUCAAGUAAAAUAACUCUCUAUUUGAAGGGUUGCUUUUAGUGUGGUGGAGGGAUGAACACUUGUACUGCAUGUCAUUGUUUAGUAUGUUAGUCAAUUUAUGUCUACUCUUGGGACAAAAAAUGGAAUGAUAAAAUGGAAGGUUUGUAAUUGGCCGGCACUUUCUCUUUAUUUUUUACUGUAAUAUGAAAUCAUGUGACCCGACUGGUUGUCAGUCAGCUGUCUGUCACUUUGAACUAUUGUUGCUGCUGGGAAAUCGACAACCCUGCGUUAGAGCUAAAUGUUAAAAUGUUUUUCAUGAAUAUUGCUAGCAACAACAACAUCUUGGACAAGGGAUCCUUGGGGAAGUUGAGGGUGGAAUGUAAUAUUCACGCACAAUUUCUGUUCUUAAAAUCCUUUAGCACAUCAUGGGUCUGGGAGGCUCGCAUGGAUGUUGGUAUCCACAGUUAUCCAUAAAUUAUUUAAAAAAAAAAAU